AGAUGGUAUUUGAAUCCCAAGUAUAGCGAUUUAAAAAUCAUUUGCCGUGGAGAAACGUUGCCCGCCCAUCGACUCGUUGUCUGCUCCAAUUCGUCGUACUUCGCGCGACUGUCUGAAGGAUUGACGCAGGAAAUUUUUCUGGAAGACCAUGGGCCCUUUCAGUUAAAGAUGAUGCUGCAAUAUCUGUACAUGGAAAAAUACACCCCUGAGCCCGCAAUGUUAGCGGAGAUUUAUGGUAAAGAAAAUGGGGACAUCUCCCUAUUCGAGUAUCGGGCUGCUUUUCAUGCUCAAAUGUACGGAGUCGGAGAUUAUUUCCAAAUUCCAGGGCUCAAGACCGCAGCUCAGCGGUACUUUACCUCAGCAUUUUCGUUCCUAUUGAACCGCGAUGCAUUCUGCACAGCAGUCAGUGAGGUCUAUAACUCCACACUAGAAUCGGAUAGGGGACUACGAGAUAUCGUUGUCUAG